CAAUAAUCAACAAGUAGUACAACUAUUAACUUGUACCACACUUCUUUUUCUGGCUCCAAAAAUUAGUGGGUCCUCAUGCUUUGGUCCAGAUUAGGCACACUCAUGUGAAGCUACCCCAAGUCCUACACCUGACAUGUUUCUAAACAUUCUUCAUAGUUAUCAAGCAAUUUUAGUUAGUGCAUGCCUUGACCCCCUAUAUAUGUGUGUGUAUUUUCUUGAGAUGGCAAUUCCAACCCAAGUCUUAUUUAGCUCUGCCACUAAAAAAAUUCUCUCACUUAAUAAUAUCUUUAGACUUUGAUUCAUAUCUAGCUUUCUCCAUCAUGAAGACUGGUAACAGAUUUGUGGGGAUAGCUCAUGCCAAGCAGAAACUUCAGAGAACACUUUCACAAAGAAUCAAAAUGGCUUCAGCUGUUGCUGAUGUUCCAAAAGGCCACUUGGCAGUGUACGUUGGAGAGAACCAUAAGAGGUUUGUGAUUCCAAUAUCUUACCUAAGCCACCCUUUAUUCAGAGACUUGUUGGAUUGGGCUGAAGAAGAAUUCGGAUUCAAUCACCCAAUGGGUGGCCUCACUAUUCCAUGUACUGAAGAUUACUUCAUUAGUCUAACUUCUUCUCUUAAUUAGUUAGUAGUUAAAAAGCUGGCAAUGCUUUCAAUCAUCAAAUUGACCCAUUGGACAUUGGUUAUUUUGAUUUUCCUAGUUGAUAAGGAUUACCACCAAGUUAGAUAGGAGCAAUAAUAUCCGGUCUCUUCCAUUCAUUUUGUUCUAGAGAUUCUACUUAAUCCAAUUGCAUCCCAAGUGAUGUCUUCAAAAAUUUGUGUAUAUUUUUUCGCCAUUGAGUUUCAAGCAAGUUUAUGUUUCCAAA